AGCAGGAGUGAAAUAACUUUUUAACUGUUUUGGCAUUUUAGGAAGCAGUGAAGCAGUGAAGUAAAAUUUGGGAUUAUUUCAGAACUGGUUUUUCAACCUGUUAUUGAGAACGCUGAUGCAAAUUUACGAAUGUUACUUUAAAAAAAACAGGAUUUGUCGAUGCUGUUGGGCACUUACUGUAAGUAUAGUAAUAAUAAUAAUAAUAAUAAUAAUAAUAAUAAUAAUAAUAAUAAUAAUAAUCAUAAUAGUAAUUUUCAAUCCGGUUCCCACCUCUACCCGCGGGUGAACUGACAGUAACUGAAUUUAUAAUUGCUAGAUGAAUGCGGUUUGCCUAGAUUUUAAUACGUGCAGCACCCAACAAACCGCUCCCGACUUCAGUUGACUCUGUGUUUGAUCUGUUUUGUAAUUCGGUCAACUUUCUGCGCUGCUCUUUCGCUUUUUUUUUAAAUAACAUGUACAGUAUGAUGGAACAUGAGUUAAAGUCACCGGGGCCUCCGCCGUCCCAUCAUCCCGGCUCGGGCAUGUCACCUGUCGGGAGCGGCGUGGGAGGUAACCAUCCCGGGGCGAAGGGUGCUUGCCCUCCCGGCAGCGACCCCAUGGACAAAGUUAAGCGGCCUAUGAACGCCUUCAUGGUGUGGUCCCGGGGCCAGCGACGAAAAAUGGCUCAGGAAAACCCCAAAAUGCACAACUCAGAGAUUAGCAAACGACUAGGCGCCGAGUGGAAGCUACUGACAGACGCUGAAAAGCGACCUUUCAUCGACGAGGCCAAGCGCCUGAGGGCGCUGCACAUGAAGGAGUACCCCGACUACAAGUAUAAGCCCAGGCGCAAGAGCAAGCCUCUCUUGAAGAAGGACAACCCGGCUGGCAAGUACCCUCUCUCGGCCGGCAACCUGCUUGCGGUGGCGGCGGCUCAGGGACCCGGAGGGAGUCCCAGAAUGGACAGCUACGGCUGGGGCCCUACUGGGGGGUACGCGGGCAUGCAGAGCGAGGCCCUUGGGUACCCCCAGCAGCUACAUCGCUACGAACUGUCGACCCUGCAGUACCCCCCUGGCAUGGCCACAGCACAGAGUUACAUGAGCGGCGCAAAUUCCUACAGCCCCAUGUCUUACGGAGGAAAUGCCCAGCAGGCCAGCUCUGUGAUGUCAAUGGUAAAACCCGAGCCGGUGUCUCACUCCCCCACUGGGGCCCCCAGCCACCACCGAGGGAGCCUGCAGGGGGACCUGAGAGACAUGAUCAGCAUGUACAUCCCCAGCAACGACACGACGGACCCCGCAGGACAGAGGGGCUACAGCAGCGUACAGCAGCACUACCUGAACGGGACUGUACCCCUGACACACAUCUGACAGGAACUCUCUCUCUCUCUCUCUCUCUCUCUCUCUCUCUCUCUACACACAACGCAUGAAGGAGCUUUGUAAAUAGUCUUCAACACUUGUUUUUUGUUUGUUGGGGGGGGGGAAAUUGUUUUUCCUUUUGUGUUAAAGGAAAACCUAAUGUGUGUAAUAAUAAUAAUAAUAAUAAUAAUAUUAAUAACUAAUAAUAUUAAUUACGGAAAGACCCAAAUCUGAAACUUUUUUUUUUUUUUUAAAAGGAAAUAAUGGUAAAUAUGUCAUUUUAUUGCCCUGAAGAAACCAUUAUCAAACCAAGUUCACAAUUAUACAGAUAUUACACACUACAGACAGACAGCGUCAUGAUACACUGGCACACUGGCUGGCUGUCUGGUACUGAUGUGGCACCACAGUACCACACUCGUACUAAUGUUGCACUACUGAUGUCACUAACUGAGUGCUGUUAUACACCCUACAAGUUUCAGUAUGCAGUAAUACACUUUAGUAUGUAAUGGUGGUGGUUGCGUAAUAACAAAUCACCCACAUAAGUUCUUAUCACAUACUUUUUUAGACAACAGCUGGCAUGUAAUUUAAUGUCAAAGGAGGCAAGAUAAUAUCACAUACAUGAUGCAUUUCCUUAUAGCUCAGUUGUAGAUAAUAUGAUUUGUCACAUAAAAUGUCUUCAUGGGGAUACAUCUAGAAAUUCUACACAGUGGGAGAAGGGAUGGUGGCACAGAAAACUGCACCUACCUUGGAUGACCUGUGUCGGUAUGCAGUAUAUUACAUGUGCUGCUGAAUACACAGUGAGUGCAUUGGAAAAGUCACUUUCAUUACUCAUCUGAUUAAUGAAAAGAGGACUGAACUGUUACAAAUACCGGGACACCAAGCAGAAAGAAUACAGCAUCCUUGGCAAUCCAUUUGUUUAAAGUAAAUUAUAGUGAAAAGUUACUUUUUAAAAUGAGUUUUAAUUAUAAUGUGUUAGCGAUGGUUAAUUAAUGCAUGUGAUACAGCAACUUGGUGACGUGUGUUGUACAGGUCCUGUUCCACACACACCACUCAGUGUUCACUGGAACUGAAACUAAGCUGACUCAAGUGGAUAUGUUGCUUGUGUGUUUAGAUAUGUUCUGAAGUUUCGCCCCACUGAAUUAAUUUUAUAACAGAACACAGUACUAACAUGCAUUUGUGUUCAGCAGAUAAGUAAUGCUGUAGACACAAGGCAUUAGCUGAAGCAAAAUGUAACUACAUUCAAAUUUCAGAAUGUAACAGUAAGAGGUUUUUCUUGCAAAAGCAGUAUCUUUAUUUUCGUAUGAUUCUUACGGCAACAUUAAGCCCCUUUUCUUUGUAAAAAAAAAAAAAGCCAAAAUUAACCCUUAAGUUCCCAAACCUCAGAAAACUGUUUUUCAAGUAGGAAUUAAAAUAAAUAAAUAAAUAAAUAAAUAAAUAAACGGGUCUAAAUACUGUAAUUUAUAUUAAAACACAAAAAGAUGUUUACACUGCAGAGACGGUCGUGAAAUUGUACAUUAUCUGUGUUUUUUUAUUAUUAUUUUUAGUAUGUUAAUAUUUCUUCUUUGUCUUGUAAAUUGUCGGAGCUGAGCUGUACAGAUUUUAAAAAGCCCUUAUACUAAGGGCUAUGCUGUUUUAAACAAAAAAAUAAUAAUAAUAAAGAAAACGUUUGUAAA